AUGGUGUCCCAGCCAGUCGGAUCGCAGUCGGGCCACAUUUCGCGGGAGGAGCGCGAGCAGGCGAUUGGCGCCGUGAUGCGGCACGUGCUCUUCAAGCACAGCAGCCACCCGGGUGUUCCUAUAUCGAGGGACGAGAUCAAUAAAGUCAUCUCCGCGCAGCUGGUCGGCCGGCGCGUGACGGGGCUGCCGGGUGUGAUUAUAAAGGAAGCGCAGGCGCGUUUCCCGGCCGCUCUGGGAUUCGAUAUGAAGGAGCUUGAGAGAGGGACAAGGGGAAGAGGGGGAGGCGGAGGGGGAGGAGGACAUGACGGGGAUGAGGGAGGGGGAAGGGGAGGAGAAGACGGGGGGGACGCGGGAGGAGGUAGGGGAGGAGGGGGAGGAGGGGGAGGAGGGGCGAAGGAGUAUGUGUUACAGAGCCGGUUACCAGCAGCGGUGCUGUCGCGAUUCGUGGAUACAGCGGAGCAGGCAGCUGGCAGCGCGUUUACAACUGUGGUGUGUGCGCUGAUCAAAGGCGCUGGGGGAAGCAUCCCCGCAGAGAAGCUGUGGGCGCUGCUGGGAGCGAUGGGGGUGCGGCGAGGGGAGGAGAGACACCCGCAGUUUGGGAAUGUGGAGGAGUGCCUGAAGCGCAUGGAGAAGCAGAGGUGGGUGGGGAGGGGGUGGGGGGGUGAUGGGUGUCUUGCUGGAUUGCAUGGAGAAGAGGCACCCACAGUUUGGGAAUGUGGAGGAGAGUCUGAAGCGCAUGGAGAAGCAGAGGGGGUGCGCGGGGUGGGUGGGGAGGAGGAGUGGGCGUAUGAGCUGGCAGAGCAUGCACGGCAGGGCAUUGGCGCAGAAAGAUUGCAGAAGAUUUUCAACGAGACCGUUGCAGAGGUGCAAGAUGGAGGCUCUUCCCAUGACUUGAGAUGA